AUGAUGAAGGAGUUUGAGAUGAGUGACCUUGGAUUACUUUCCUAUUAUCUUGGUAUCGAGGUGAAUCAGCGAGAUGAUUGCAUUGCACUAAGGCAGGCGGCCUAUGCGAAGAAAGUUUUGGGUCAGUUCGGCAUGAUGGAUUGCAACCCGACCCAAUAUCCCAUGGAAGCAAAGCUAAAGCUUGGAAAGGAUUCUGAAGGAACACCAGUGGACGUGAUAGAGUAUAGACGCAUCAUCGGAUGUUUAAGGUAUCUAACUCACACCCGACCCGAUAUCACAUAUGCCGUGGGGAUUGUGAGUAGGUACAUGGAGCACCCUACAGUUUUGCAUAGACAGGUUGUCAAGCAUAUUUUGAGGUACGUGAAGGGUACUAUGUCCUAUGGAUUGGUGUACAAACGAGGUCGAGGCAAUGAAGAGUUGGUGGGAUUCACUGACAGUGAUCUUGCGAGAGAUAUUGAUGAUAGGCGCAGCACAGGCGGCAUGGCAUUUUAUCUAGGUGACAGCUUGGUCACUUGGACAUCACAGAAGCAGAAGACGGUGGCAUUAUCAUACUGGGAGGUAGAAUUUAUGGUGGCAACUGCAGCAGCAUGCCAAGGCUUGUGGUUGAGGAGUUUAAUCAACGAGGUGAUUGGGAGUGAGCCCAAGCCGGUUACACUCUUCGUCGACAACAAAUUAAAGUGGAGUUCGUGA